GGCCAGAGCAGUGAAAGUGAUUCCGAUGACGACAGCAGCAGCAGCAGCAGCGAAGAAAAACCAACGGAGCGCGACGAUGAAAGCACCAUGGCUACAGACUACGAUUAUGUCGAAACAACUCAAUACAGCGAAAGUGACAAUACAGUAUCGGAUUAUGGCAGUACGGUGUCGGAUUAUGACGGUACAGCAUCGGAUUAUGACAGUACAGUAUCGGAUUAUGACAGUAUGGUGUCGGAUUAUGACGGUACAACAUCGGGUUAUGACAGUACAGUAUCGGAUUAUGACAGUACAGCAUCUGAUUAUGACAGCACUGCAUCGGAUUACGAUGGUACAGCUUCAGAUUAUGACAGCACAGUAUCUGAUUAUGACAGUACAGCACCGG